AAUCUUAUAUUUGGCGUUACUGCUGAAAGAUAUGGCUGUAUACAUUGUAUUAGCCUGCUAACUCGACGUUUACGUUUGACAUAAGCUUAAUUAUUCGACCAACGUUUUGAAAUUGUAUGAUAACGAGCAAGUUAUAUCGCUUCUGUAGACACAAAAAAAAUCGUUAACCAUGUUAACGACUUUCUGAGUUUUGUAAAUCACGUUAGCUACCAAGCUAUACAAAGGAGAAACCAGUUAGCCAGCUACUAGCCUAGCUAGUACUAGGUGGCUAGCUAGUUUAGCUCCUUACGAAGUGUUUUAUUGUUAUUUUGUUACCAGAUAGAUAAAACAUAGCUGGAUACAUUUGCUGGUGUUACAAAGAAAAAGCGUCUAUCGAGCCUCAAUGCCCGAACAAGGCCCAAGGAUGAAUGGUUUUUCCAUCGGCGAACUAUGCUGGCUAUUCUGUUGCCCGCCCUGUCCCAGUCGCAUCGCAUCCAAACUAGCCUUUCUCCCUCCCGAACCCACGUACUCCGUACACACCGAUGCUAACGGGACGAGUAGCCUACAUCUAACCGAGCGAGCAGACUGGCAGUACUCCCAACGCGAACUGGACGCUGUCGAGGUGUUCAACACCAGAACCAGUCGGGGAAACCGACUGGGUUGCAUGUUUGUACGAUGCGCACCCAACAGCCGGUACACGUUGCUCUUUUCCCACGGUAACGCAGUGGACUUAGGCCAAAUGUGCAGUUUCUACAUCGGCCUCGGUUCGAGGAUAAACUGCAACGUCUUCUCGUAUGAUUAUUCGGGCUACGGUGUCAGCAGCGGGAAACCGUCAGAAAAGAACCUGUAUGCGGACAUCGAGGCUGCCUGGCAGGUGCUAAGGAACAAGUAUGGAGUGACCCCAGAGAACAUCAUCCUGUACGGUCAGAGCAUCGGCACGGUACCCACGGUGGAUCUGGCGGCGCGCUACGAAUGUGCCGCCGUCAUCCUGCACUCACCUCUUAUGUCCGGCCUGCGAGUGGCCUUCCCUGACACGCGCAAGACCUACUGCUUCGACGCCUUCCCCAGCAUCGACAAGGUGUCCAAGGUGGCGUCGCCGGUGCUGGUGAUCCACGGCACGGAGGAUGAGGUGAUCGACUUCUCGCACGGCCUGGCAAUGUGGCGCUGCCCGCGUGCCGUGGAGCCCCUGUGGGUGGAGGGCGCCGGGCACAACGACAUCGAGCUCUACGCCCAGUACUUGGAGCGACUCAAGCAGUUCAUCUCCAUCGAGCUGCCCACAUCCUGAUCUCCCUUGGCCUCCUCCACUAAAACCUAGAGGGGGGCUGCGUAUCAAGUCUAAAAUGGCUUCCUUUUUUCUUUCCUUGAUCUGUGCAGAGAG